GCGACGCGCAUGCGCUCUUCUCACACUUCCACGUGCGAACAGGAAGCGCAUUUCUCGCAAAUAUUCAUCUUCGCUAGUUAGUUCUAUGACAGAAUAAUUGUUAACAGUUUUGUUCUUUCCGUUAAGUGGCACUAAGUUACAGCUUUAAUAAGCAUCUCUUGUUAAGAUUUUCCUCAUUCUAUCGGCAUGUUUGUCUGUUUUACCUAAGCCCAGAUGUCUGGAUAAAAACAACACCACGCUCAUAGACAAGCUAAAUAAAAGUAAGAUUAAAAAAGGACAAACACCAAAACAUAAUGCCUAAAUCAGCAAAGAGUCUGACUAAAAUGGACCAUCAGAGUUCAGAUGAUGAAGAGGACGUUUUAGAGAUGGAGAGAAACUUUGCUUUACUUAGUAAAAGGAGCACAAUGCAAACUUCAGCAGAGGAUGAAGAGGAAAUGAGAGAUGAAGAUGCAUCUGCAGAGGAAGACGAAGCUGAACCUGAAGAGGAUGAAGACAAUGGUGUGGAUGAUGAAGAUGAGUCAGAGAGUGAUGAAGACGAAGCAGAGAGUAACCUUGAAGAUGAAGGCGUCAGCAAUGACCCAUCACACGCGGAGGGAAACCUUAAAAAAGAAUUGUCAACCUUGUCCUUUGAGGAAAUCAUGAAGCUACAGAAUAAAGUUGGAACAAAAGCGUACAAUAAAAUCGCUUAUGGUGCCACAAAGUCUCAGAAGAAAACCGAGCCCAUGAAACGAUUAACUAAACACCGACCUCAAGAGAUUUCUGCAAAGAAACAUGUGCCUUUCCUCCGAAAAGUGGUUCCUGUCAAGAAAAGGAUUUCAAGGGACCCUCGCUUUGAUGACCUCUCGGGGGAAUACAAGCCUGGAAUUUUUUCUCAGACGUACAAAUUCAUUAAUGGCAUCCGAGAAAAGGAAACAAAAAUAGUGAGAAAGAAACUCAAAAAAGCCAAAUCAGACUGUAAAAAGGAAGAACUGAAAGCCUUGCUUAAAAGAAUGGAAAACCAGCAGAGGGCCCGACAGAGGCAAGAGCAGGAAAGAGAAAAGGAACUUCAGUUCAAGCGGAAACAGAGAGAGUUGGUUGGCCAGGGACACAAACCUUUCUACCUAAAGAAAUCUGACAAGAAGAAGCUGGAAUUGGCUGAGAAGUACAGCGAGUUGAAAAAGAGCGGGAAACUGGAGAACUUCUUGAGUAAGAAGAGGAAGCGUAACGCCACCAAAGAUCGCAAAAAGUUGCCCAAUCAGCACAAGAAACGCCAAAUUUGGACCAAUCAUGGCUCAUCUGUGGCACCUUGAGUUGGUUAUUUGUCUGAGUGUGACACAAUGCAGAAGGUCGUCUGCUGAAAAGUAAAUCCUGCUAGACUAUGAUGUUAAAAGCUGACUUGGUAUGAUUUAAAGUGUACAUUUCACCUACAUUUGCACAGUUAUGUAUUAAGAUGUUUUGUUAACAGGUUUGACAUUUAAGAUGAUUAUCUUAAAUAUCCAUUAUCUUUUGUUGUUUAAUUAUGUUUUGAACAUUUUAAAAUAAAAUCUUAAAUUUAU